GUCAGUCGGGUAUAUCAAGUUGACGUUUCCAGAAUCAACAAAAUCACUAAUCUCUCAAAAGUUUGAAUAGUUACUUAUAAAAAAAGUGAAAAGCAAAGGGAAAAUUGAACAGUUCUUCAAGGGAGCUUCUCUGUGAAUCAUGUCUAUUGAAAUCGAAUCAGCAGACGUUAUUCGGCUAAUUCAGCAGUAUUUGAGGGAGUCCAACCUGCUGAAGACCCUCCAGACGCUCCAGGAGGAAACCGGCGUUUCCCUGAACACCGUUGACAGUGUUGAUGGGUUCGUUUCAGAUAUCCACAAUGGACACUGGGAUACCGUACUCAAGGCAAUACAGUCGCUCAAAUUGCCGGACAAGAAGCUGAUUAAUCUGUACGAGCAGAUUGUUCUGGAGUUGAUUGAAUUGCGGGAGUUGGGAGCAGCUCGAUCUCUGCUGAGACAGACAGAUCCCAUGAUCAAGUUGAAGCAGCAGAAUCCAGAGAGAUAUAUGCAUCUGGAGAGUAUGCUGCAGCGAGCAUAUUUUGAUCCACGGGAAGCAUACUUGGAAGGAAGUAGCAAGGAAAAGAGGCGGGCUGCAAUUGCUCAGGAAUUGAGCGGAGAAGUUUCUGUGGUACCUUCAUCGCGUCUCCUGGCUCUGUUGGGACAAGCCCUGAAAUGGCAGCAGCAUCAGGGUUUGCUUCCGCCAGGAACAACCAUCGAUUUGUUCCGCGGAAAAGCUGCUAUUCGGGAUCAGGAGGAGGAAAUGUGCCCAACACAGUUGGCCAGGCAGAUCAAAUUCGGCUCGAAAUCCCACGUUGAGUGUGCCCAAUUCUCACCAGAUGGUCAGUACUUGGUCACUGGGAGUGUGGAUGGAUUCAUUGAGGUGUGGAACUUUACCACGGGAAAAAUGAGGAAGGAUCUCAAGUAUCAGGCUCAGGAGCAGUUUAUGCUCAUGGAACAUGCUGUGUUGGCAAUGGCAUUUUCCCGAGACAGCGAAAUGCUGUCCACGGGAUCCCAGGAUGGGAUGCUGAAGGUCUGGAAGAUCCAAACCGGACAGUGCCUUAGGCGCUUCGAAAAAGCUCACUUUAAGGGCAUUACCUGUCUUCAGUUCUCCCGUGACAACAGUCAGAUUCUCUCUUCGUCCUUCGAUCACAGCAUCCGCCUGCAUGGCCUGAAGUCUGGGAAGAUGCUGAAGGAAUUCAAAGGUCACACAUCCUUCGUCAACGAAGCUGUCUUCACGGCAGAUGGACACAAUGUUCUCAGUGCUUCGAGCGAUGGCACGGUUAAAGUUUGGUCCCUCAAGACAACCGAAUGCGUCUCAACUUUCAAGGCUUUGGGCAAUGAAUUGGCUGUCCACACAGUUCUCAUUCUACCCAAGAAUCCGGAACACUUCAUUGUCUGCAAUCGGAGCAAUACUGUCGUGUUGAUGAACAUGCAGGGCCAGACUGUGCGAUCUUUCUCGUCAGGAAAGCGCGAAGGAGGAGCCUUCAUUUGCGCAACAAUUUCACCGCGAGGGGAGUACAUCUACUGUGCCGGGGAAGAUCUGGUGCUCUAUUGCUUUUCCAUCACUUCCGGAAAACUCGAAAGGACGCUAAAUGUUCAUGAGAAAGACAUUAUCGGUCUUACCCAUCACCCGCACCAGAAUCUCCUGGCCAGCUACGGCGAAGACGGAGUGCUGAAGCUGUGGAAGCCAUAAAAAUAAUUCAUUUUCUAUCAAUUUAAUCCAUUUAUUCUCUGUAAGACUUAUGGCAAAUAAAGAUUUUUGUGCGAGUAUCAGAAA